CCAUGGCUACAGCUGACAGUGGUGUGACAGCUCUUCAAAAUGCCAUGAAAAUGGCCAAAGUAGCAAUACAACUGGAUGGAGGGAGCAGACAUAAGGAAGCUUACUGUGAAUACCUCCGGACAAUCAACUACAUAUCACACGCACUUUUGGAGGAAGCUGGGUCACAAAAGGACAGGGAGAUGGUGGCGGUGGAGGUGGAGCGUAUGUUGAGGCUAGCGGAGCAGUGUCUGGAGCGAGCCAAGUCAUUUAUAGAGAAGAGCACUGACCCUCCUGACCUGUCAGCCUCUGCCUCUCCUUCCUCUUCCUGUUCACCUGCCCAAUCAGAGCCCCAUCAGACUGCCGUCCUCCCAGUGGCUAUUGCUGCAAACACUGGUCGUAAAGCUACCAGCCCCACAAAGACCGGUCACCGCAGGGUGUUGUCAGAAGGUGGCGGGGAGCUCUCCCCCUUUCUCCCCCCUGAAGUCUUCAAGAGACUACAAACAGUGGAGUCACAGGACGCAAGCAAAAAGACGCUGACACCCAUUGAACAAGCUUCACGAUUGAACCAAAAGUUGAAAGCCAAUUACGAAGCUCGUCUGGCAAGACUCACACCUGGUCAGGCCUAUCAGAAGACAUCUUUGAAGCUCUCUCUCCAGCGGCAGAUGAUGGAGAACCUCAUCAUCGCCAAGGCCAGGCAGGAUGCUCUACAACGGAAGAUGGAGGAGAGAAGACUGAGGCUCCAGGAGGAGGCUAACAGGAGAUUUGCAGCAUCUGGGGCAAUGACUGCAGAGGAGCAAGAACAGCGUACACUCUAUACCAACGUACUGGAAUAUGAGCAAGACCAUGAUUGGCCCAAACUGUGGAAAGCCAACAUGAAGGAGAAUCCUGAUGAUGUCACAUUAGUGUCACGUCUAGUCUCCUACCUGCUCAGCCGGUGUGACCACCCUGUGGUGAAGCUGCUGAGGAAACACCAGUACAGGGUUUACAACGGCCUCUACCCCAUCGUCAGUAAAGGCCUCCCCCAGAGUCCUGCCGUGCUGCUGAGACCCUCUCGCAGCACUCACAACCUGCUUCAUCCAGAGACGAAGAGAAAGUCGACCAACACAGUGAGCAGUGGCCAGGGCUUCAGCACCAGCUUGUCGCUCUCCCCCUCGCUCUCUCAUGACCUCAACACUAACUAUGACGACGAGGAGGAGGAGGAGGAAGGGGAAGAGCCUCAUACACAGGUGACGGUGGACCGGGAGAACUCAUUUGAGGAUCUGGAGCAGUUUCUGACUCAGCUGGACUUGGCCCCACCCCAUGACAGCACAGAUGACACUGGCUCAGAUGCAGAGCUGACCUGUGAUACCUCUAUGCUGAAGGAGGGCCACAUACAGGAGCUGGAGAUGAGGGCGAUGAAAGAACAUCUGAAGGCCAUUGUCAAAGACGUUCAUAUUGCAAUCGAUCAGCUCCUGUCACUGUGUUUGCUGUCCUUUGAGUGUCUAAACACAGCCAGCUCUAAAGACCUGUGCCUUGCAAGCAUAGAGGAAGCCUUCUUCACCCCCCUGUGGAGCGCCCUUGUGGCUCUUUUCAGGAAGGUCAACAGGGAAAGAGAGCGGGCCUUUGAAACGAGUAUGAAACUGUACCAGGAUGCCUCACCUGGAGUUCUGGGUGUUCCCUCGAAACUGUUCCCCCCAGAGCCUGACACACUGCAAGGUUCCUACCCCUACGAGUCUGCUGUUCAAGAGCUUAAGCUUCUUGUUAAAGACUGCUGUCCACAGAAGAAGCUGGAAUGUAUCGUUAGGACAUUACGUGUGAUCUGUGCCUGUGCUGAGGAUUACAGGUGUCUUCAUGAGGUGGACUCUGCACCCAAAACAGCUGCCAUCGGUGCAGAUGACCUGCUGCCCAUCCUGUCCUUUGUGGCUCUGCGGUGCCAGUGUCCUCAGCUGGUGUCUGAAUGCGCUGCUCUGGAGGAGUUCAUUCAUGAAGGCUAUUUGAUAGGAGAGGAGGGCUACUGUCUGACCUCCAUGCAGAGUGCCUUGGCCUAUAUUGAGUCACUGCACACCGGAGGAGCUUACCUUCCUGCGGACAAGCUCAUAUGAAAAAGGCUGCUGCCAACCCUCCCUCCCUGUUCAUCCCACAUUCCCUGCUGGGCUCCACAGAGGCAACAGCUAAACCUGCAGCUCCCUGCAAGUUGUGCAGAUGCAUUAUAAUCUUGUACAAACGCAAUGCUCGGUUGACAAGAGAGGACGAAACCAGACUCUGGCACUGGAUGGUUUAAAGGGAUUACUGUAUUUGGUUAAGAUUGGACAUGUCUUAGGGAACCUUAGGAACUGAUGCCACUGACUGUAUGACUGCUUACAAAGGAAAAAUGGUUUACAAAUGUAUUCCUUCAUUCAGGAAAGAGGUCAGAUGUGUGGGAA